AGGUUUCUGGGAGACGUGGCUCGUCCCGCUGUCGCCCGGGGCUGCGCGCGGGGGUCCCUGGCAACGUCGGGACUCUGCUCAGUUACAGACGACAAGAAGAGGUUGGGUGGUUUUGAUGACUGGAAAUUGCCAAGUAAUGCUUCAGGUGACAUUUAGUGAUGUGGCUGUAGACUUCUCUCAUGAAGAGUGGGCACGGCUAAACGCUGCGCAGAGAGACUUAUACAAGGAGGUGAUGGUCCAGAAUUAUGAGAACCUAGUUUCCCUAGGUCUUUCUGCAGCUAAGCCAUGUGUGAUCACUUUGUUGGAAGAUGGAAAAGAGCCUUGGAUGGUGCAGAAAAAACUGUCAAAAGAUUGGGAGCCAAAAUGGGAAAGCAAGGACUUGUCAACAGAGAAGGAUGUUUAUGAUCAAGAUCCACCCCAAGCAGACAUAGAAAAAACUGUCAAGCAAAACUGUGACUUUCCAAAUGUUAACAAGGACCGGGGACACCUGGAGGGGUUGGAGGGGAAGCGUGAAGGUCAAGAACAAUACAGAACCCGCAGAGACAGCCCUAUGGGGGACAAGUUCUACAGAUACGAUACAGACAGAAGCACCUUCCAUAUGAAGUCUGCUCUUUCUGAACCACACAGAAUUUCUCCGCAAGAAAAAUUGCCUAUCUAUGAUACACUGAAGACAAGCUUACCAAAGAUGUCAGUCAUAAAACAUGAGACAAUGAGUGGCCAAAAGAAACUUCUGAAUUGUAAUGAAAGUGCAGUGGCCCACAACCAGAGCAAACCUCUAAGCCCUCAGCAGACUUUAUGUAACAGAGAGAAAAUGUACGCGUGUGGAGAGUGUGGGAAAACCUUCGGUAAACAGUCCAUCCUUAAUCGCCACUGGAGGGUUCACACGGGAGAGAAGCCCUAUGAGUGUCGCGAAUGCGGGAAGGCCUUUGGCCACGGCUCAUCCCUCACUCGACAUCAGAUAAGCCACAGUGGAGAGAAACCUUUCAAAUGUGCUGAAUGCGGGAAGGCCUUCAGCCACGUCUCAUCACUCAGUAACCAUCAAAGCACUCACACCGGAGAGAAGCCGUAUGAGUGUACCAACUGUGGCAAGUCUUUCAGUCGCGUCUCCCAUCUCAUUGAACAUCUGAGAAUUCAUACUCAAGAAAAACUCUAUCAGUGUCGCAUGUGUGGGAAGGCUUUCAUUCACAGAUCGUCUCUCAUUCAUCAUAAAAAGAUCCAUACCGGAGAGAAACCUUACGGAUGCCGUGAAUGCGGGAAAGCUUUCUGCUGCAGCUCCCACCUCACUCGACAUCAAAGAAGCCACAGGAGCGAGAAGCGUUAUGAAUGCAACAAGUGUCUGAAGACCUUCAGCAGCCUGCUGUCUCUUACUCAGCACCAGAGUAUUCACACCGAAGAAAGACCCUUUGAAUGUCAGAAAUGCAGGAAGUCCUUCAACCAGCCCGAAUCACUAGAUAUGCAUUUGAGAAAUCACAUCAGAUUGAAACCUUACGAGUGUAGUAUUUGUGGGAAAGCCUUCAGUCACAGGUCAUCCCUUCUUCAACAUCACAGAAUUCACACCGGAGAGAAGCCUUAUGAAUGUCUUAAAUGUGGGAAGACCUUUAGCUGUAGUUCCAACCUUACUGUACAUCAGAGAAUUCAUACUGGCGAAAAGCCAUACAGGUGUAAUGAAUGUGGAAGAGCUUUUAGCAAACGCUCGAAUCUCACCGCCCAUCAGAGAAUACAUAAUGGAGAUAAACGCAACAGUGCAGUAAAUAUGGAAAAAUCAUCAGACCAUCUGAAUCACUAUUCGUGUGACGGAUCAUAUAGAAAUGAAAGUAUAUAGAGCAGUAUUUUUCAUAGUAAAUUUCAGCUGUAGAUCCUAAUUCAGCAUUAUAUUUUUACCGGAGAAAGGUGUUAUGAAUGUAGUGAAUGUGGGAAGACCCUCAGCAAUGAUGGAAACUGUGUCACCACUUAUAAUUCAUUUGUAGAGGGACUCCAAAGGCAGUACAUGAGGGAAACUCCUACUGAGCAUUAAUACCUUAAUGGGUGUGUGUAAAUGACAC